AUGCUGCCCGUUGCGUGUCUUGGACUGUUAUUGCUUCUCACAGCACAAGCUAAAGCCGCGCCAUCGUCACUUCACUCUCAUAUCCAACGUCACAGAGAUCGCACCGCCACACACGCUCACUCGGCCCUAUCCCACUCCCAACUGCUGAAGGGAGCAGAAGCCGCCCCUAUGAGAUUUUUGUCAGAUUCAGUACUGGAAGUUCAUCAGCAGGUCACGGAAAAGCUCUCAGCGCCUCCACCAUACGACCAGUCAGCUUUGAGGUCAAUUGAGUACGAAGGUGACCGUCCGACAGCCACUGGCAUGGAGACAGAAGCAUCUCCGCGACAAGGAAUCAACCCAAAGACUACUGUUGAACAGCCAAUGCCGAAACGGCUCAAUCCAGCACCGGAGCGUGGGUUCAACUCAGUCGCGGAUAGCACUGACAGCCAGCAUGUCGACGCUGCGAUGCGACUGCUACGUGCCCAUGCAAUCGUCAAGCACAACCGAUUUCAACGCGAGAUAUGA